UGUCCAUUGGAGAAGUUUAGCGAGAGAAAAGAGAGAGAACUAGAUAAGAGAGAGAGAGAGAGAGAGAGAGAGAGAGAGAGAGAGAGAGAGAGAGAGAGAGAGAGAGAGAGAGAGAGAGAGAGAGAGAGAGAGAGAGAGAGAGAGAGAGAGAGAGAGAGAGAGAGAGAGAGAGAGAGAUACAAGAAGGGUGUUGUACCAUCUACAAUAGGAACCACCAUUCUGUAGUACACCUACCUAGCCUAUAUA